AUGAACGCCUCAACUAUUCCCGCGGAAGCAAAUCUAAAGAAAUUAGUGUACAACUGCAUCCCCAAAGAGCUGAUCCCAACAAGUUGGAAAUGCCGUGAACGUAUCGAGACUCUUUUCGAUGAAGUCAAUCUUGGAAUGUUUGAUUCUCCAAGAGCGUUAAGAGAAGUUCUCAUGGAGCAUCUGAGUUCUCCUAACAGUUCCAUUCGUUUGAAUUUGAACUCGUUUCACAUAAUGCACAUGUGCCCGCAAUUCCACGACAAUUUGAAACAUACGGCUUACGCUUACAAAAGCGAUGUAUACCUUGCAUUUGAUCUUCCUCUUCUGACCCCUUUCAAAGGUUGGGAAGCACAAGUUGUGGAGACAAUUCUGAAACAUUGUUGGAAGCAACUUGGAUCAAGAUUCCAUCAUGAGAUGAUACAAGUCCCCGACUUUACGAAGAUUUAUUACUUUUUGAAGAACUAUUGCGAACGUUUCAUGGACGUUACGGACACUCAACUUCGGAACAUUAAUCUUUCGACUCUUCGAGAAUUUUUCCAGGAUUUCUGGGUGGAAGGGCUGGAAUUGGAUAUGAAGGAAACUGGAGAUCUUGUAUACAACAUGUUGAUGAAGUUCAAAAGGAAAUAUCCAGUGAAAAAUGAUUUGAAAUAUCAUAAAAUCAUAGUUUGGAUCGGAGCUGUUAUUAGACAUUUCAAGAUCUUCAUGAAGAAGAAUUCUGUUGAUUUGGCGCCAUUCAAUGAAACGACUGAGAAGAAAGCUAUUGUUCGAAUGUUUACAAUUGCAAAUAAUCACUUUUUGAUGGCCCAUGAGCUUCUAAAAACUCUCAAAGAUCAGAAAAUGGAUGUAUCCGGAAUUGAACAAGAAGUGCUUCGAAUGCCGGAGCUUUCUACUUUGACUUUCAGAGAAGCUGUUCAGAAGCUCGAUAAGGAAAUCAUGAAGAAUAUCGAGUUUGUUAGGAUGAAUAAUCCUAUUGCGAAGUUUGUUCAAACUCCAAUACCAAGUCACAAUGGAGGAUACUGUGUACUUGCAUCAGAUGCUCUUCACGAACUUCUCGUCGAUAUUACCGUUGCGAAGAAAGUGUUUCAAACAAUCGGAGAAGAUAAUUGGACACACAUCGAGAUGUUCUUCAAGGCGAUCGAGAGUCAUUUCGAUGUAAACAAAGGAAUCUAUUUUAUGAAUAUAGAAGAUUUGAAAUCAAUGAAGAAUCAAUGGGAGGAAGUAUACAAUUCCCAUCUAAAACAAUUCUCAUCAAGUGCCAAAAUAAUCAGAAAAGUCAAGAAAACUGGAUUUUCAUCAGAAGAUUUGAAGGAAACACUCAAGUUCUUGAGCCUCGAUAGAUGCUUCCCGGACAUUUCGGAUUAUGCCGAUUCGAUUCAUUCCGAAAUUAGUUUGUAUAAAACACCUAAUGUUCUAUCGACUGGUGAUAUGCAUACAGCAGUCACUAGAUGUCAAUUCAACUGUAUUAUCAGGAAAAUGCCACAUUUGCUGGAGUUCAUUCAUAAUCAGAUGGCGUGCACUCGAUUAGGUAUUACCGUUUGCGAAUUGUGCAGUGGAAAGCGAAUUGCGGAUUCAAAAAUAACAGAAAAGUCAUGUUCAAAUAAUUCUGAUAGCAGAGAUUCUGGAAUUGAGUCAUCAGAAGCAAUUGCCUCCAGCGACUCAGGCGAAGAAAACAAGCCAUCCAUCAACCCAUCCGAAGAAAAAGUAACGAAGAAGAAGUCAAAGAAAACGAAAAAGAACCAGAAGACAGCUCCAUCCUCACCUGACGAAGCCAAAGAAGAAGUAAAAGAAUCGAACUCGUGUUCAAAAUGUUUUAAUGCAAGUAAAUUCACGAGAGAAGCCAACGAAAAACUCAGAUUGUGCAAGAUUGAAAACAAGCACCUGAAGAAAGAUCUCGCAAUGGCUCAAGUGGAAAUCGAGGAGAUAAAAGAAAAGACAAAGGACAAGGAUGAGAGAAUUCGAAUGUUGGAGAGACUCCUGGAAGAGAAACAUUGUGAAUUAGCACAGAAGGAUGAGGUUAUAAAGCAAUAUGCGGCCAGCGAAGAAGCUAAAAAUGUCAUAAUUCGGAGACAAGAAUCGAAAAUCGAGCAGCUCCAGCAAUCUGUUGAGAAACUUCAAGAGGACCAGAGAUCAUCCCAGACUAUUCAAGUCCCAACCAGAUCAAGCGAGGAUUCCGAGAAGGUUCGAGACGUACUUCGCAAACUGCUGGCAAUCAAAGAGACUCUUCAAAAGGAAAACCCAAUCUCCAGUUGCUCAAAAGUAGCAGAUCGCUUCAUCACCAAAACACACAAUGCGGAAACCAAACAAAGGAUUUCAUACGAGAUGAGAAAGUUCUGCAAGGAUGCUAAAGACUACACGAAAGCCGUGGAAAAUCAACUCACCAUGAUUCGUAAGGACCAACUCAUAACUGCUGACCAAAUCCCACCUCUUCCUGACUUCCCAGUUUUCUCAGUUGGAUUUCGAAAAACUUAUAAAGAUACAAUGAAAACGAAAGCGCCAAAGAUUUGUGAAUCUCUUCUUACGAUUCCAGAAGGAGAGUUGGCGGAUGUCGAGUGUCUGAUCUGUCUUGAUACCAUCGAUGUGGAAGAUGAAUCUCAAAAAUGUGAAUGCUGCAGCAGACGUUAUCACAAUGAUUGUAUUCGGAAUUGGUUCAAAGUGAAGAGGAAUUGUCCGACUUGCAGUUCUGGUCUAUUGGACAAAGAAGAGUUCCCAUCACUUGGCUGA